AGAUACAAAUAAGCAAGCGAGAUACAGAACUGGUUUGCAAGUUCUUCUGUCCUUAUAUAUAUAUAUUUUUUUUUUUUCCAUGAAAAGUGAUUGUUCGUGUAGUCUGACUAACUGUAUGUUGCACAUUUCAAGAGUGUUGGCAUAGCUAGCGGUAGACUAGCUGGUAGGUGCGGCUAACGAACCAACUCGCUAUCGGGCAAAAUCUGACUAGAUAGUUAUCCACAUUCCUUUGAAGAUGUUUCAGCAAACGUUUAAAUCGUUUGAAAUAAAUUUCGAUUCAUUGAACGAGAGAAACAGUUUCUCAUGUGGUGAUAUUAUGUCAGGGCGAAUUACUUUUGAAACAUCAAAAGAAAUAAAGGUUGAUUCUAUCAUCAUUGUUGUAAAAGGAAAAGUGAAGGUUUCUUGGACUACUGGUGGGAAGAGAAAAAGAACUCACUCUGCCAGAGUGGAGUAUUUUACCAUCAAGAGCCCUCUCAUCGAAGGAAAUAAUGUGGCAGUUGGUGCUGGUAGUAAAGUCCUCCGACAAGGAACACAUGUGUACCCAUUCACAUUGCAAAUACCGCAGGGGAACUUUCCAUCAUCGUUUAAAGGGUUUCACGGCAUGGUGAUGUAUUACCUGCAAGUUGAGAUACGCAGACCAUGGCAUCUGGUUAAAGAGUUCCGGACUGAUUUAACUUUUAUCAGCCAUGUUGAUGCAAACCACCCACAACUGCUAGCACCACUGGCGUCUGCCAAUGAGAAGAUGCUGUGCUUUCUCUGCUGUGCCUCUGGCCCCAUCUCCAUGAAUGUCCGACUGGAGAGGAAGGGUUAUGUUCCUGGAGAGAAGAUUAAGAUCAUGGCAGAGUUUGAAAAUGGCUCCUCUCGUACACUUGUUCCAAAGGUGCUCCUUAUUCAGGGGCAGACCUUCUACACCAUGUCUAGAACGACAAGCCGCCAUUUAUCUCAAGUAUUGGUCAAAGUCGAAGGAAGGCCUGUGAUGCCCUAUAGUUCUGACGUGUGGAGGGAUCAGAUGCUACAGAUACCGUUCAACAUUCCCCUCACCAUCUCCAACUGCCAGAUUCUUGAAGUGGCGUACUCCCUGUUGGUGAGACUGUGCAUACCAGGAGGGCGUGACCUUGAAGUCAACUUUCCACUGGUGAUCUGCUCUAUUCCUGUGUAUUCCUAUCCUUAUUUUUUACACACUUUUUUUGGGCGAACGAUGUCAUCAACUGUGAAAAAUAUCUCGAUAAGUUACGAUGCCAUCAACGAGCGCAAUACCUUCUCCAGCGGAGAUUUCAUUACGGGGAGAAUCAUUUUGGAGCUUGCAAAGGACGCUGAAAUCAAUUCGCUCUCGGUUAAAGCUAAAGGAAAGACGGAGGUAUUGUGGACCGAGCGUCACAACAAAAACACCGUGACUUACCAUGCAAAAGAAAAGUACUUCUCAAUUCUACAACAUGUUCUACAGAAGCAGAGUGGAGGAGAUCAUGGAGCUGUGUUGACAGAUCAGUGUGGAGAAACCUAUAGUAAUGUAAUUGUUGCAGGAAGCCAUGUGUACCCAUUCACGUUCCAGAUUCCACACGGAGAUAUGCCAUCAUCAUUUAAUGGCGUUCAUGGGAAGGUCAUCUACACACUCGAGGCCAAAUUGAGCCGGUCAAUGCGAUUCCCUAGCAAGGCCAAGGCUACCCUCAACUUUGUUUCAAAACCUGAUAUGAGUAUUCCUCAACUGAUGUCACCCCAGUAUGGCACAAAGAGUAAGAAGAUGAAACUGUUCACCUCUGGGAAUGCUUCCAUCAACAUUAGUACUGAAAGAAUGGGUUAUAUGCAAGGUGAAGGGUUAAAGAUCAUAGCAGAAAUUGAAAACAGUUCAUCACGCGCACUUGCACCCAAGUAUGCUAUAUACCAAAAGCAGAGCUUCUUUGCCAGAGGGAAGAGAAGAGUUAGCACCAUGGAAAUCCUAAAGGAGGUAGGAGAGCCCAUCCCUCCCUCCACAAAUCAGAAGAUAACCAAAGUGCUGAACAUCCCUCCUGACCUGCCAAUCUCCAUCCUAAAGUGCCCAAUCCUCAAAGUGGAGUACAAGCUGAAGGUCUAUUUGGACGUUCCCUAUGCCACAGACCCGGAGAUAAAAGUUCCAUUGGUUAUUCUGCCUGCUCAUGGAUUCAGUCAGGUGGCCCAGCCAGGCACAUCCGCAGGUUUUCAACAAUAUGGCAACUCUAAUCAAGCAGGUUGGAAUAACUAUCCACCCCAACCUGCCCCUGGGCCGUAUGCACCCCCAUCUGCCCCUGGGCCGUAUGCACCCCCAUCUGCCCCUGGGCCGUAUGCACCCCCAUCUGCCCCUGGGCUGUAUGCACCCCAGGCUAUCCCUGGGCCAUAUGCACCCCAACCUACCCCUGGGAUGUAUCCAUCCCAAAAUGCCCCUGGCACACAGCCACCUGAGGUUCCAGCUGGAAUAUAUCCAUCCUUGACUAAUGUAGGGAAAGGCCCCUGUUAGUUCAGAUUCUUUCUCUUCAGUGAUUGAAAUGACUGAAUAUUUCAUCACAAGUCAAGUGGAAGUGACUUACACCUUUCUGAGACAUUCUUGCAAAAUACCCUAAGAAAACAUGUCAAUAAGUUAGGUGACUGAUGUUUUGUAUAGCAUGCAUAAAAUUGUAUUGUUAUGUGUCAGGGGUUCAGAGACUACUUCCCGCAACAACCAGCAGGCAUCCUUGUAACAACCUGUCUUCCUGUUGUGCCUUGCCUAAUCCAGUUUUCACCUUUGUGUACUUAGUCUCUCUAUGUGUUUGGUUCUCUGUUUAAACUCUGCCUGUGCCUUGGUUCACUGCUCAGUCUUGAGCUGCCCUGUUGUGUAUGUUCCUGUGUGCAAAGCUUGGUGUUUUCAAGUCUCAAGUAAAUUUUUUUUUUUCCUUUACUAUCCGUUUGUGUUACUGUGUGGUCUCUGCAAUUGGAUCCCGUCUGCUCACCUGUUGCAGUUAUGUAGUAGAUUAUAUAUGCUGUAGAUUGCAUUAUGGUAUUAAAUGCAUAUAUAUCUUCCAUGGAUUUCAUCAAGUUUUUUAUAUCUGUAUGUAAUUCUGAUUCCUUGUGCUCUGUCAGUGGCAUUUUGUAAGAAUUUCUGUGCCAAAAUAAUAAAAUA